AUGGUUUUAAGAUACGGGGAUAACUCAUAUGCUGCUGGUGAAUUUGGUUCUGACAUACUUCGAAUAGAUAAUAGUAAUAUGAAAAUAAUAGACAUGGAAUUCAUUAAAGCUUAUGAAGCAAAUACGCUUGGCGUAUUUGGAAUAGGUAUGCCAGGGCUUGAAGUUAGCGCUCACAAGCCAGAUAAUCCAUUUGAAUACAAAAAUUUCCCCAUAAGACUUCAGGAAGCAGGAUUUAUUGAUUCCAUUGCUUAUUCAAUGUGGCUUAACACUCCAACUGCAACAAGCGGAAUGGUUGUUUUUGGAGGUGUUGAUAUGAAAAAGUUUAUUCCACCUUUGAUAACCAUCGAUUUAGUUCCUACAUUUAAAAACAAAAUUUUGGAAUUCACUGUUCCAGCUUCAAUAAUUAACUACUUUGAAGCACCUUGUACUACUCCAUUUGUUUUAAAUGAAGAUCCCAUUGUCGUCUUAGUAGAUGUUGGUUCUACUUCUUCAUACCUUCCUAUUAACGUGGUUACAGGAUUAUCAAUAAAACUUAACAUGACUCAAGAUGACGACGGUGAUUAUGUUCGCCCAUGUAACUAUACCGGUGACGACAACAAAUUUAUUACCAUUCGACUUGCUAAUUUUGAUUUGAAUAUCCCUGUGACACAUUUAAUUUUGCCGAAAGCCUCGCUUGAUGGUGUUCCUGUACUUUUUGACAAUGGAGACCCGGUUUGUUAUCUUGGUGUUUACGCUACUGAUGAUCCGAAAUUCUGCAGUUUAGGCGACAAUGUUUUACGUUCCGCCUAUCUGGUCUUUGAUCUUGACAAUAAACGAUUAGCGGUUGCUCAAACUAAAACGGAUAGUUUGGAAAGCAAUAUUUUGGCGAUUCGGCCAGGAAUAAAUGGUAUUCCUGGAUCUAUUGAUGCUUAUAGUGCACCGACUCCACCUGACAUUUGUAAAAAUUACACUUAUGGAAAUAAUUCCGUCUCUGUCUCCGGUUUCUCAAUAUCUUUACCAACGACAACUAUUGCAACAAAUUUGAGCACGAAACCAUUACCAUUCAUGUCAUCUAAUAUCACCAGUGUUUUAUCUAAACAGACGAAUGCAACUUCUAGGUUAAUACCUUCUACUCUUUUUAGUACUUUUAAACAAACUACAAAUAUUUCUUUUUUCACUUCAAAUUUGAUCAGUCAAACAGUUAUUUCAAAUCUUACUUACACAACUUUUUCAACUGACGGAAAAAUAUCCCCCUUUACUACAAUAGAUGAUUCAUCCCUACAUACUCAUAAUGAAUCAUUGGCCAACUCUCAAUACAAAACAGAUGAUUUAUUGUUUAGUACACCAUAUUUGACUCUUAAUAAUCACACAAUAUCUUUUCCUUCUUCAGUUUCUACGUUAAGCACAAGUAUAGUCCAUACACAUACAUAUAUUUCUUCAUUCCCAUUAAAUCAAUCGCAUUCUACUGGAGAAAUGCCAAUUUUACCGAUUUCAUCAACCCCAUCCCUUAUUGGUGGCCACACAAAGUAUGGGACUAUCACUUCAUCAAGAAAUUUUGUGUUAAUGUCCAGUGAUUUACCUUUUAGUUCUAUUUCAAAUACCAGUACUUAUGAUUCUUCUUUUGUGAUGAGUGAAUCCGUUACCACUGCGCAUUCUUUUAUUUCUGCUACAAGUUUUGCUUUUUCCAAAUUGUCUUCAUCCACAGAAAAAUCCAAAACAAUGAAUCAAACUAAGUCAUUUGAUCAAAACUUAAUUGAGCCCCAUACCAGACAUGAGACGGUUGUAUCCAUAAAACCACCAAGUGUUACCGACUUACCGUCAAAGUUUGGUAAUAAUACAAUAAAAUCCCUAAGUUCAACAACUAUGUUCCAUCUUUCAACCAUUGAUAGUGGAGGCAAGGGAUCUAUAAGAUCAACAAGCAGUAUUGACUCAUCAAUAAAUUUUGGCAGUAAAACAUUUGGAUCCACUAGCUUAACUAGAAAUACAAAUUUUAACAAAGGCUUUAGCACAAGUAAAUUGAAUUCUAUCAAUUCGAUUAGUGAUUUAAAUCCAUUAAUCAGCAUAAAUAGCGAAACAUUUGUUCAUACCACUUUGACAAGUAAUACUCCUUCAUCGACUACUGGUACAAAAAAGUUGGGUUAUCCAAGCUCAACGGUCACUCCAAUUGGCUCAAAAACUUUCAAAAUUACACAAAAAGACAACUUUAUUUCAGUUUUAAGUACAAACAUUAAUUUAAUUUCAACAGAAAUUAAUUUACAGAUAUCUUCAGUUUUUUUUUCAUUUAGGUCAAAACAAGAUCUUGUACCAGAAACUGAUAUUUUUGGUGGUCUAGUUUCCAUUACAAAAAAUACUAUAACAAGUGAAAAUCAGAUUUCAUCAGACAUUGAAACAACUAAGAACUUUAAAACGGAAGCUAGAAAUACUUUUUCAAUUAAUGAGAUCAAUGGGCCCCUUGAAACUUUGUUUUCUAAUAAUGAUCAAAGUUCAAAUGUUGAAAGUAUAACCUACAUGACAUUAUCCACCCCAACUCCGUCUAAAUCAUUUGAAACUAGAUACCCAUUAACAGAAGAAAUAGUGUCUAAUCAAAAAACAGAAAAGGACAGAGGUCAAACAGAGACUUAUUUUGGCAGUUAUAAUGACAAUGUAUUGUCUCAUAUUAAACCGUCCAGUAUAUUCUCCAAUGUUCAUACUUAUAUCUCUACGUCAUCUCAAUCAUUUACCGGGGAUUCUGCAUCUCAAAACCCUGUACCUUUUAGUGUUUAUAUUCCAGCUAUACAUGACACUUCAGAUUUUUCAAGUCCUAGUUUUUUUUCACACUGUUGCUACAAUUCUCAAACAAAACAAUCAAAUGAUCUCCCUAACCAAAUAAGUCUCGUUACUACUGUUGUGGAGAUUCAUAAUAGUUUGGAUGAUUCAUAUCCUUUUUGA